AUGUCCAUGUACGGGAACCGCGCUGCUGGGUCCAAGAAAAGAGUGCUUGUAGUUGGUGCUGGAGCUGCAAGGAUGUCAUGCGCUCACCACUUGGCUGAGCAUCCGGACAAGUUCGACGUGACUUUGGUCGAAGCGCAAGACUACUGCGGCGGCCAAGCCUUUUCUAUCCCCAUCAACAAGGAAAAAUUCCACGCGAGCUGGAUCAACCAAGGCGUCAAAGGCGGAAGCUACAUCUUUCACCACACCAUGACCAUGUUUGCGCAGCAAGGUUAUCAAGCUCAUCCCGUGGAGCUGCAGGUAUCCUUUGGUAAAGGUACCCGAUUUUGGACGAACAAUGAGAUUAAGCGGUUCCGGAGAAUGUUGUCGACUGUGCGGACGUUCGAGGUGUUGUUUGCCCUGCUGCCGAUUAAAUAUCUUCUGAAGAUAUUUCGGUUCUCGGCGGAAUUUGCUAACGUGGUGCGGUUGUGUACCAGUCCAACGUUUGGGAUGUGGUAUCCACCAGAUGAAAUAAGCGUCGCGAGCAACAUGCCGCCUAUGGUGGUAUUCCCGAAUUUAGGGAAAUUCUAUACCUCAUGGAAGAACAGUCUCGAAGGCAAGGGGGUGCAUGUCAGGGUUCGAAUGGAGGUGACCAGCAUUGUUCGGAGAAAUAAGCAGGGCAUAGUCGUCCGAACUGUAAGACGAGAUCCAACCGAUGACGCUCCUCAUAUCCCUAACAGCGCGUGGGAGGUUGAGGAAGAAUACGAUGAGAUGGUCGUCUGUGUGCUUUUUCGCAAGAAGAAAGUGCUCGGCUGCGCCAAAUUCGCAGAUGACAUAACUGUGACCCACUACGAUACGGAGUACAUGAAGCGUCAUUACGAGAACUUCUUUAACCCAGAGCAAGCGGUAGACAACCUCUCAGGCAUCAACCAAAUGCAACGAGUCGAGAUGGCGAAGCGAUCCUUCAAGCCCAUGUACAUGAUCAAGAUGUACCCGAAAGAUCCCAACAAGCUGGAGAUGUGCUUCGACUGCACCAACUAUCAAGCGCAGUUUCCCGAAGAGGUUCCGUUUGGAGAUCACAUCUUCCAGACCAUAUUCCUCAACAAGUCCCGAGAUGGGCCAUUUCUGUGGCAUCAGCUUUGCCAUUCGUUUACCCACUACCUGACCGUCGUCCCCUGGAUGUGCUUUCUUCAGGGGCGGAAUAACACCCGGUUUGCUGGAUCCUGGAUGCUGGUCAACGCGCAUGAGGUCGCUGUGAUAAGCGGAAUCGCUGCCGCUGUCAACCUCGGUGCGAAGUAUCCUGAGGAUUUGGAGAGAGAUAGGUUUGCCUUCCUGGGUUUCCGACUCUAUUAUCUACUACAGUAUAGACGCUAG